AACAGAGAAAAGGGGGUAAAUAAAAGCGAAAGGAGUCCGCACUCCCAGAACUCACGGGUCGGAGACAUUGUCCGAAUCCCUUUCCCGGCUUCCUCCUCCGUCACCCCGCUGCCGGCUGAACUGUGACGUUUCCAACUGCCGUAGCAUUACCUUCCUGCCGCCGUCAGUAAAACCAUUAUCGUCUGCUUGGAUUAGCGAGCAAAUCGUCGACUUCGAGAGCGGCUGUAGAGAUAUACAAAUACCUGAUUUCAUGUACUGUUUCUGAAUUUCCGAGUCUGUAUUGGGGGAUAGAGAUACUGGUGUCCUCGUCAAUGGCGUUCAGGGCGUUAGGGAAAAAGGGUAUCUCUACAAGUCUUACCAAAGCAUUGGCAGUUACAUCUAGAUAUUCAGCUGCAACAGUUUCUGAAUGUGGACUUCGGGAUUCUGCUAAAUCACUAUCUGCUGCGAUCAGACAUUUGCACUGUAAAAACCUAGGAUGUUGCUACACUGCAGCAUUUCUAAGAGCCGAUAAGAAUCUAGCUUUUUCUGCCGACAGAUGGUUAAUUAGGUGUUUCCAUGCAAGUCCAGAGCUUCUUGCGAGGAGAAGGGAGGAUGAAUCAUUGGGUCUAAAGACUUCCAAGCGAGUAAAAGUUCUAAAUAGCGGGAAGUUCUCAAAGAGAACGAAAGAUACCCAACCACCAGUUGAAACCCCUUAUGUGCCCCCUAAACUAAAGAGAGCUGCAAAGUCCUUGCCAGUUAAAACAAUUGAAAUAUUUGAAGGCAUGACAAUUGUUGAGCUUGCCAAGCGUUGUGGAGAGUCUGUAGCUACCAUUCAAAAUAUUAUAACAAAUGUUGGGGAGAAAGCUGACUCCGAGUUUGAAGCUCUCAGUAUUGACAUUGCAGAGCUGGUUGCUAUGGAAGUUGGGGUCAAUGUCCGUCGGCUGCACACAGAUGAAGGUACUAAAAUUUUGCCACGCCCUCCUGUUGUCACAGUUAUGGGUCAUGUUGACCAUGGUAAGACAUCUCUAUUGGAUGCUCUUCGUCAAACAUCCCUGGCUGCUAAAGAAGCUGGAGGUAUCACACAGCAUUUGGGUGCCUUUGUUGUUGGCAUGCAAUCAGGGGAUUCUAUUACUUUUCUCGACACUCCUGGCCAUGCUGCCUUUAGUGCAAUGCGAGCCAGAGGUGCAGCAGUUACAGAUGUAGUUGUGCUUGUGGUGGCGGCAGAUGACGGAGUGAUGCCUCAAACUCUCGAAGCCAUGUCCCAUGCAAAAGCCGCGAAUGUGCCAAUUGUUGUUGCAAUUAACAAAUGUGACAAACCAGAUGCAAACCCUGAAAGAGUGAAAGUCCAGCUUGCGUCUGAAGGGUUGCCACUGGAGGAGAUGGGUGGAGAUGUCCAGGUGGUUGAAGUUUCUGCUAUAAACAAAAUUGGGCUGGAUAGGUUGGAGGAAGCUUUGCUGCUCCAGGCUGAGUUAAUGGAUCUGAAAGCACGGACUGAUGGACCUGCGCAAGCUUAUGUAGUUGAGGCAAGGGUUGAUAAGGGACGUGGUCCGCUGGCUACUGCAAUAGUGAAGGCAGGAACCUUAGUUUGUGGACAGCACAUUGUCGUAGGUGCUGAGUGGGGAAGAAUUAGGUGUAUUAGGGACAUGACAAGAAAAACGAUUGCACUGGCUACACCUGCAAUGCCUGUUGAGAUUGAAGGGCUAAAGGGCCUCCCAAUGGCUGGUGAUGACAUUGUUGUUGUUGUGUCUGAGGAAAGAGCAAGGAUGCUUAGUGAAGGAAGGAAAAAGAAAAUUGAAAAGGAUAGACUUAUCAGAAUGGAAGAGGAGAGGCAAAAAUUAGAGGAGGAGAGACAAAAGGCAUCAGAAGAUGAAGAGAACGAGAAUAAAGACGAGAAAUCUAAGAGGGUUGAAGUUCCACUCAUCGUGAAAGCAGACGUGCAAGGCACAGUCCAAGCAGUCAGCGAUGCGUUAAAAAGUUUGAACAGUCCACAGGUUGUUGUGAAGGUCAUCCAUGCAGGAGUCGGGCCUGUCUCACAGUCUGAUGUGGAUAUGGCACAAGCCUGUAGUGCAUGUAUUGUUGGAUUUAAUGUUCGUGAUCUACCUACUGCAAUCAGUCUCUCAGCUGCUCAAGCCAAGAUACAGAUAAAAUUACACCGCGUAAUCUAUCAUCUUCUGGAGGACAUUGGUAAUUUGAUUGUUGAAAAGGCUCCUGGAACACUUGAGACCAAGGUUGCUGGCGAAGCGCAGGUGCUGAACAUAUUUGAACUCAAGGGUAGGAGCAAAGCCAAGGGAGAGGAUGUCAAGAUUGCUGGUUGUCGGGUGAUAGAUGGCCGUCUCACAAAGUCGGCAACAUUGAGACUUCUCAGAAGUGGGGAAAUUGUAUUCGAAGGCUGUUGUGCAUCUCUGAAACGGGAGCAGCAAGAUGUGGAGGCCGUGGGCAAGGGGAAUGAAUGUGGACUUGUGAUCAAAGAUUGCUGUGAUUUCCAGGUUGGAGACGUUAUUCAGUGCUUGGUGAAGGUAAACCGAAAACCUAAGUUCAUUUCAUCCGAGAGCGGUGCAGUUCGUAUAGAAUGCUGAUCAUAUUUCCAUCGAAUCACACAUAUCGUUCAGAUCCUGGAGGGCUGAUAUAUUGUUGGGCUCAGCCAUUUUUGUCCAUAAACAACUGAAGAGUUUUUAUUAUAGCUUUAGACUUUAGAUUUAUAUUGAUUGUUGAGAGGAAUCAAAAUUUUGUGGAACUAACUUAAGACUGUAGUCCUUUUAUAUUUGAUUUGAGAAAGUAACUCGAGUCAUAGUCAAGUAACGGUGAAUAAAUGCUUUAUAUAGUGAGCUUCGUGCGUGGGGGAUACAUAGAAGAAAACAAUUAUGUCAUGUCAUGAAUGAAUCUUAACAGUUGGAUAUUAGUUA